AUGACGUAGCGCGUUCAUCGGCACGACGUAGGCACGCUCCUGCUGCUAUGCUAACUUGUAGCUGAGCGGCUCCAGUUUCGUGCCGCCGCUUUUUCUUCCGUUUCCCCCUGAAGUGAAACCGACAACAACAACAACAACAAGAACAAGAACAAUAUCACUCCAGUCAUUCAGACAAACGUCGACCCGGCGGAGCGACUGCGCGCCGGCGUCAUGGCCCUGCAAGGCCCGGAGGAGCUGGGGGAGCAGGUCGAGGAGCCGGAGGAGCUGGACGACCAGGACGCGAGCAGCAUCUCCCCGGCCGAGGAGAUAACGCUGCCCCCCGGGCCCGGCGGCGACGAGGAGCCCGGGCGGACGCUCCUCCUGCCGUGGGACCGCUUCUCCACCUGGCUGCACUGCAUCUGCGUGGUCGGCUUCGACCUGGAGCUCGGACAGGCGGUGGAGGUCAUUUAUCCUCAUCAUUCCAAACUCUCGGAGAAAGAGAAAACGAGCAUCUGCUACCUCUCCUUCCCGGACUCGAACUCAGGUUGCCUUGGCGACACCCAGUUCUGCUUCCGCUUCCGUCAGGGUUCCAACAGGAAGUCGUCGCUCAGCUGCUUCCUGGAAACAACCGACCGGGACGCACCGCCGUGCCUGAAGAGGGAACAAGGCCACUACUACGGCUACGUGUACUUCCGUCAGGUGCGAGACAAAUCCCUGAAGAGAGGAUACUUCCAGAAGUCUCUGGUGCUCAUCAGUAAACUGCCCUAUGUCACCUUCUUCCACUCGCUGUUAAAGAUCAUGGCUCCAGAAUACUUUGAGAAGCAGGAGCCCUGUCUGGAGGCCGCUUGUAAUGACAUCGACCGCUGGCCGACCCCCCAUCCCGGACGAAUCCUGACGCUGCCUAUUAUGGGCGUGGUCAUCAAGGUUCGAAUCCCGACGUGUUACGACAAACCAGGAACCUCGCAGCUGGUCCAGUCCGCCCAGAGCGACAGUCUGGUUUCCAUCGUGCUCCCAACCAUCCACGAAGUCGACCUGUUCAGGUGUUUCUACCCGGUCUUCUUCCACAUCCAGAUGCUGUGGGAGCUGGUGUUGUUGGGAGAGGCACUUGUCGUCAUGGCGCCUUCGCCCGCAGAGUCAUCGGACACCGUGCUGGCGCUGGCCAGCUGUAUCUCUCCUCUGCGAUACUCCAGCGACUUCCGACCGUACUUCACGAUCCACGACAGCGAGUUUAAGGAGUACACCACGAGGACUCAGGCUCCGCCGUCGGUCAUUCUCGGAGUGACCAACCCUUUUUUUGCUAAAACUCUGCAGCACUGGCCGCACAUCAUCCGCAUCGGAGACAUGAAGCAAGCAGGUGAGAUGGCGAAGCAGAUGAAAGUGAAGAAACUGAAAAACCUCAAAACCCUGGACUCUAAACCCGGUGUGUACACUGCAUAUAAGCCAUAUCUCAACAAAGAUGAAGAAAUCAUCAAGCAGCUUCAGAAGGGUGUUCAGCAAAAGAGACCCUCAGCGGCCCAGAAUGCAAUUCUUCGACGCUACUUCUUGGAGCUGACGCAGAGCUUCAUCAUUCCACUGGAGCGGUACGUGGCCAGUCUGAUGCCCCUCCAGAAGUCUAUCAGCCCCUGGAAGAGUCCGCCACAGCUCCGACCGUUCAUCCAGCAGGACUUCAUGAAGACACUGGAGAAAGCUGGACCUCAGCUCACAUCCAGACUGAAAGGAGACUGGAUAGGGCUAUAUAGACAUUUCCUCAAGUCUCCCAACUUUGACGGCUGGUUCCGCAACAGGAGGAGAGAGAUGAUGCAGAAGCUGGAGGCCCUGCACCUGGAGGCGCUGUGCGAGGAGGAUCUGCAGCAGAGGAUCGAGAAGCACACGGAGGUGGAGUCGGUCGAUCUGGUUCUGAAGCUGAAGGAUAAACUGGUGCAGGCGGAGAAGGACCAGCUCCCGGUGCGUCCGGGGACCUUGACCAAGCUGAAGUCCCAUAUCGAUGCAGUCAUCCUGGCCUUACCAGAGGACCUGCAGGGCAUCCUCCACAAGCCCUCCACUCCCUGACCGGCAACUCCAACCCCAGUUUGAGCUGGUUUUAAAGUUUAGAGGGGGGGGGGGGGGGGCACAGUGGGUGUCCCGCCCAGGUGGAGGAGACCCCAUUCUCUCAGACUGGGUCCCGGUCUGAGGACUUCUUGGGUUGGAAAAGCACAUGGAAUUUUUAUUUUCCCAAAAUGUACAUCCUACUUCGGUUACAGUUAUAAUAACCCCUCCCCUCCUCGAACCUGCAGCACCACCGGCACAGAGGACCAGACGUGUCGCCUACGUCUCACUGAUCAUGUGGUAUUGAGUUGUUUUUUUCUUCUUUUUAAAAUAACAGACAUAACUAAGCUAUAAGAAAGGAGCGAUUGAUGAAGAUCUUUUUGCUCUUUUAGCACAUUAACGACACACGAGUCCAUCUGAGCCGACAAAGGAUUUAUCAUCGUCGCCGUGGAAGUUUGACCCUCAGCAAUUUUGACCUUUUUAAUUGUUUUUGAUUUUUUUUACUUUUUUAGCUUGACGACGGAGUAAGAACAGACUUUGGAGUUUUUAUCAUCCAUUUAAAAAACAAACAAAAAAGUUUUUUAAAAGAAGUGCACUUCAUUGCUGACUGGACCAGUGUGCCCUUCACACGCACGGACGCACACACACACACACACACACACACACACACACACACACACACACACACACACACACACACACACACACACACACACACUUUUAUGCAAACCAACUGACCGAGCAGAGCCAAGCAGUGCUUUAUGAUUAGAUUUUACUAAAACACACACACACACACACACAGCGUUAAGCACCAGCGACCCUCUAACAACUGUCAGUGCGUGGGUAAUGUUUCUGUCCUCAAGUGCUCAUGAGCAAAUCUUUUCCCUGUAAUCAUGUUGUCAUAUUUAAAUUGUGAAGACUGAA